ACCAGCCUGGCCAACAUGGUGAAAUCCCAUCUCUACUGAAAAAAAAAAAAAAAAAAAAAAGAGACUCUACUCACUUUUUCAAGGCAGAUGCUGAGCCUUGAACAAGUGUUGCAGACUAACGUGGUCAGGUGAAAAGAUGCGGAAGCCAUGCCUCGUAAGGUGAAACGGACUGGGUUCAGAUUUCCAGAGGACUGGUUUUUGGAACAGAGAAUCAACUCUGCUGUUGCCCACAGUGAGGCGAGAGCCCGCAGGCCCAUGAGGGCCUUGUGGUAGAAUGAGCUGGGAAGACAGCAGGGAGAAGUUCUUUGAUGCAGUAAAGGCCCCUCAGGAGUCCAGAGGUGUCGGGAGGAGUUGGGUACCGUGAAAGAACACGUUCAUCUCAGGACAGACUGGGAAGCUUGUCAGGGCCUGAUAAGUACAAGGCAAGGGGAGUCUGCCCUGGCCACAUACACACAGGGCUAGGAGGCUUUAGUGGUCUGGUUUCUUUCAAAGUUUCAGUACAAGGUAGAGGUAGUACUCCCUUGCUGCUGCCUCCACCCUCCCUGUGAAUCAGAAGGCCCCGGGUGGGCCUGCUGCCUCUUGGAGACCCCAGACCCAUCACUUACUGUAACCCCUCAAGCUCCAGCUCCCUAGACUGAGCUGAGCUUCACAGCCUGUAGAACCCAGGCUAGCUUGGAGAGGGUUGCAUCUCUUCAGCCCAGAGCCAUGAGGAUAUCAGGGUAAAAGGAGGAGUGGCCACCUGUAUUUCUAGUGCUUUGGGAGGCCAAGGCAGGAGGAUUACUUGAGGCCAAGAGUUUAAGACCAGUCUGGACAACAUAGCAAGACUAUCAAGACAAAAACAGAACAAAAAAGUAGCUGGGCAUGGUGACACACACCUGUAGUCCCAGCUACUCAGGGCUGAGGUGGGAGGAUCACUUGAGCCUAGAAGGUGGAGACUGCAGUGAGCCAUGACUGCACCUCUGCCCAGCUUGGGCAACAGAGCAAGACCCUAUCUGAGAAACAACAAAUGGAGUGACCUGAGGUCUCAGGACAAACACCUGCAUUCUGCAUCUUGAGCCCUGAUCCUGGGCCUCCUAUGGCUCAUAAACCCUGAACGAGGGUAUAUAUGGCUGGCACACUCAGACAUGAUAGACAACCAGGGGUGCUUAUCCCUUCCCAGCCUGCAGACGAGUCUGCCUCCCAGUGGACCUGGCCCACAGGGGUUGGGUGUAUAGGCUGGCACUUCACCAGCCUCUGGUCACCUAAGACCUCUAGUAACUAAAAUCUCCCAUCAGGCCAGGUUCCCAGAGAAAGCCUGAAAAGAGUCCCCACUGACCUCAAUGCCUCCAGCCUAAUUUGAUUUUAUUUUGAAGAAGCAGGGGGACUUCUAUGAGCAACUAUUCUACGGUACAAUCCUUAAGGACUCUGGCCCAGAACCAGACUGCUUGGGUUUAAGUUCUACUCUGCCACUUCCCAGUUGGGUAACCAGAAGGAGGACAAUUUGCUUGACCUCUCUAUAAUUCAGCUCAUCUGAAAACUGGAUGCUAGGGAUUCCUCCUCCUAGAACUGUGGUGUAUUAAAUGUUUAGAAAACCAAGCAUACAUCAGUGGUUCAGAGAUGGUGGUCCCUGAGGUGGUGCCUCUAGAAGUGAAGGAGUCCCAGAGGGUUCAUGUCUGGGGCCAGGCUCAAUCACUAGGGAGAGGCCCAGGGCCCCCAGAACUAACAGGGCAGGAGAGGAUCCUGGAAGCUGCAAAAGAGACCUGAAAUGCCAAAGCCAUGAUGUUUAUGCUGUGAGAGGAAACCAGACAACCUGCUGGUUUGCAUGAGGCCCCCAACCAAGGGCAGCUGUAGCCUAUUAGUGCUGGGUUCAGUGGAGGCAGAAUUCAGGUGUAACCUCCACCCUUACCCUACACGCAGCGGAUUCAUGUUUUCCCGCCCUGCUUAGAACUUUGGGCUUUGGGUCAGCGCCUAGUGGGUAGCUUUGAACUUCCCUGCCACCCCACCGGCCCCAUGAUGUGUGAGUUGAGUUGCAUUGCCUGUAUUUUUCUGGCAUUGCCCACUCUGCUCUCCCUCUUGCCCAGGCUCAGUUACACACAGUUCCAUGCCCUCUGAGCCGACUCAGCCCUGCAUUGCUCCCACACAUGCAUACCCACAACCUGGGCUGUUCUUUCCAACUUCAGUGGGGUUGAAUCUGGUUUCCCCAACCAAGCCUGGGCACACUCCAGCACUGAGGGUAGAUACCUAGGGAAAUUGAAAGAAAACCCAUGAGCUGUUUUCCAGAGGCAGGGGCAUAGCUUUCCUGACCCUGCCAGGACCCAAUCCCAAAUGUGUGAAGGAUCACUAAGCUCUGCCCUUGCUGGGUGAGCAUCUCCAGACUCCUGACUCAUCCCUGGGGCAUCCAUUUCUGGCCUAGGAGUCACCUCCACAAUAACUCAGUCCCUCCCUCCAGAAAGCCUGCCUUGACCUCCCUGAAGUGAAGCUCCUACUGCAUGCCCCUCAUCAGGACCAAGAGAGAAAUUCUGCUUCUGCCUAGCUCCACCUGUUCACUCCCACUGACCAGACAACUGAUCAACAGGAAUCUUGACUCCACCACACCAAAUCCCCUCUAGUUCCCUGCAGGCACUAAAUUGUCUCCACCUCCUGGCCUUUGCAGGAGCUGUCUCUGUCUGGAAAGCCCUUCCACUCCCUCAUUGCUCUAGUUCAAGUUCAAGGCUCAGCUCUGAGCAGCCCUCUGGGCCCACCGGACAGCUCUUCAAACCACUCCUUCCUGCCAGGUCCAAUGUUGCCAGGUGCCCACAGCUGCUCACAGAGCUCAGGCUCUGCCCUGGGACUCCCCAGCCGAUGAGCUGCAGGCCAGAGAAACAAAAGGGGAAUAGCCGAGGCCUUCAGGGAGACUGAGUGCCCCCCUACCACCCGUCCCCUCCCUUCUCACCCAACCUCCAGCCCUUCCUGCAGCUUGACUGCUGGAGCCAAGGCCCCAACAAGGCCCCACAGGGCCAGCAUCACUACCUCAGUCAUGCUGGCCACACCCUCUGUCAAGCUUUGACUUGGCAGUGGGCCUAGCAAUGUCCCAUGCAGCUCUCUCUGUCAGGCUUCUUCCGGCCCGUGGAGAGGUCCCCUCUCCCCACCUCCCUUUCCCCUGGUUCCUGAUGUUGAUGCCUAAGUGAUUUGUCCUGCUCUGAGCCUCAGAGUCCUUAUCCAACCAAUGGGCACACAGCCCCUCCCUUACUACCUCCUGGGCCAGUGCUAGGAUCCACUGUGAGUCAGAUGAGGAAGUGGGCUGGGAGGAAGAGGCAGAAGGCAGCCCUCAGGGGGCUAGCUGGUCAGAAGCAUGUAAGCUGCUCUGGCCUGGCCUUAACCUGGGGUUUCUGGGAGCUGGGCCAGCUGUCUGUGCACCCAUGCAGGUGCAGGAUGUCUGCAGCAGCUGCCAGGGGCUUCCAGAUGCCCCAGCUUUGGCCCCUGAGACAUUUUCUCUCUGGCUCUAGGAUAGCCUUGUCCUGAAGCCCUCUGAUUCUGGUGGAGAGUGGGGGUGGGGGAGGAAGCCCUUGCAGUCUUAGGGGACAGACCAUCAGGCUGUUUCAUGGCACCUGCCUAAGACCCUGGUCUCUCCUCCGUUUCUCCUCUGGCACCUAGAAACAAGUCACCCUGAGCCAGCGCCAGAGUUCCUGCCCACUCAUGAGUAGGGCAGCAUACCCAGGAGAUACUGUUGCAGCUGGACAUGGACUUGUAUGUAAACACAAGCGCACAUAUGUGGGGAGGGGUGCGGAAUAUCAGGAUGGGGGCAACAUGAGAGUGACCCAGGAUGGGCAGUAGUCAACUUGGGGUAGGAGUAGGGGAUGCUCACAGAGGCCUCUCCUCUACAAUGGUGGCCCAGUCACCAUCCAGACCUUGCCAGAUCUAGUGCCCCGUGGUCCCCACCCUGCUGCCUGCUCAGCCUGGUGGCAUUCCUUUACAGCCUCCUGCCAACAGAGCCAGCCCCCUGCCCCCACGGGUGUCCAUGCCAGAGCAGCAUUCCGCAAGCCUGGCUGCAUCUCCCCAGCAGAGGCUGAGCAGAGGGGGUCACUCAGCAGUGGUCAAGUCACACGGCUAGAGGGGCACAGUGGGGCCUGAGCCUCUGGCCCCUACUCCUCUGGUCCCUCUGUCUCCUGGUCCUGGGCCAGUCACCUUAGAGGACUUGAUCGCUGCAGUUGUAGUCCUGGGUUUUAAAUCUCCUGCCCUGGGUGGCCCUAUGCAGCAUGAGGCCACCAGUUGCUGGUUGAGAAGACAACUGACUCCCCGGCGGCCGAGUUCUCGCUGGUGGAGGAUGUGGCGCUGCACUUUGCCUGCUUGAUGGGCCGCCUGAACGAGCAGCGCCUCUUCCAGCCUGACCUCUGUGACGUGGACUUGGUGCUGGUGCCCCAGCGCAGCGUCUUUCCAGCACACAAGGGUGUGCUAGCCGCCUACAGCCAGUUCUUCCACUCACUCUUCACCCAGAACAAGCAGCUGCAGCGUGUGGAGCUGUCCCUGGAGGCGCUGGCACCUGGUGGCCUGCAGCAGAUCCUCAACUUCAUCUAUACGUCCAAGCUGCUGGUCAACGCGGCCAACGUCCACGAGGUGCUCAGCGCCGCCUCGUUGCUGCAGAUGGCCGACAUCGCUGCGUCCUGCCAAGAGCUGCUGGACGCCCGCUCUCUAGGCCCACCAGGUCCGGGCACUGUGGCCCUGGCCCAGCCGGCUGCCAGCUGCACUCCAGCUGCACCGCCCUACUACUGUGACAUCAAGCAGGAGGCCGACACCCCAGGCCUGCCUAAGAUCUACGCCCGCGAGGGCCCUGACCCUUACUCGGUGCGUGUUGAGGACGGGGCAGGGACUGCUGGUGGCACCGUGCCUGCUACCAUUGGGCCAGCCCAGCCCUUCUUUAAGGAGGAGAAGGAGGGUGGUGUCGAGGAGGCCGGUGGGCCCCCGGCCAGCUUGUGCAAGCUGGAGGGUGGAGAAGAGUUGGAGGAAGAGCUUGGGGGUUCUGGCACCUACAGCCGCAGGGAGCAGUCCCAGAUCAUCGUGGAGGUGAACCUCAACAACCAGACACUGCACGUGUCCACGGGGCCAGAGGGGAAGCCAGGUGCUGGGCCAAGCCCGGCCACCAUGGUUCUGGGCCGGGAGGACGGGCUGCAGAGACACUCGGACGACGAGGAGGAGGACGACGAGGAGGAGGAGGAGGAAGAGGAGGAAGAGGAAGGUGGUGGCAGUGGACGGGAGGAGGAGGAGGAGGAGGAAGAGGGUGGCAGUCAGGGAGAAGAGGAAGAGGAGGAGGAGGAAGGGCACAGUGAGCAGGAGGAGGAAGAGGAGGAGGAGGAGGAGGAAGGGCCCAGUGAGCAGGAUCAAGAGAGCUCUGAGGAGGAGGAGGGGGAGGAGGGGGAGGCUGGGGGCAAGCAGGGGCCACGGGGAAGCCGAGGCAGCCGGGCAGACCCCCCUCCCCACAGUCACAUGGCCACACGGUCCCGGGAGAAUGCCCGGCGCCGGAGCACCCCUGAACCUGAGGAAGCUGGGCAGCGGGGUGGGAAACGGCCGAAGCCACCCACUGGAGUGGCCUCUGCAUCAGCCCGAGGGCCACCAGCCACUGAUGGGCUGGGGACCAAGGUGAAGCUGGAGGAGAAGCAGCACCAUCCAUGCCAGAAGUGCCCACGAGUUUUCAACAACCGCUGGUACCUGGAGAAACACAUGAAUGUGACCCACAGCCGCAUGCAGAUCUGCGACCAGUGCGGCAAGCGCUUCCUGCUGGAGAGCGAGCUGCUGCUGCACAGGCAGACAGACUGCGAGCGCAACAUCCAGUGUGUGACGUGCGGCAAAGCUUUCAAGAAGCUUUGGUCCCUCCAUGAGCAUAACAAGAUCGUGCACGGCUACGCGGAGAAGAAGUUCUCAUGCGAGAUCUGUGAGAAGAAGUUCUACACCAUGGCCCACGUGCGUAAGCACAUGGUUGCCCACACCAAGGACAUGCCCUUCACCUGCGAGACCUGUGGAAAGUCCUUCAAGCGCAGCAUGUCCCUCAAGGUGCACUCCCUGCAGCACUCAGGGGAGAAGCCGUUCAGAUGUGAGGGGAGCUGUUCCCUCCACAAAGGCUGUUCUUCUGCUCUGUGCCUGGGCCUCACCCCCAAACCCCACCCCCAGAACUGCAAUGAGCGUUUCCAGUACAAGUACCAGCUGCGGUCACACAUGAGCAUCCACAUUGGCCACAAGCAGUUCAUGUGCCAGUGGUGCGGCAAGGACUUCAACAUGAAGCAGUACUUCGAUGAGCACAUGAAGACCCACACAGGAGAGAAGCCGUACAUCUGCGAGAUCUGUGGCAAGAGCUUCACCAGCCGGCCCAACAUGAAGCGGCACCGGCGCACGCACACGGGCGAGAAGCCGUACCCAUGCGACGUGUGUGGCCAGCGCUUCCGCUUCUCCAACAUGCUCAAGGCCCACAAGGAGAAGUGCUUCCGCGUCAGCCACCCCCUGGCCGGUGACGGCACCUCCGCUGCCCCAGGCCUGCCCCCAACCCAGCCCCAGGCGCACGCACUGCCCCUGCUCCCGGGGCUGCCCCAGACCCUGCCGCCCCCGCCCCACCUGCCGCCCCCGCCUCCGCUCUUCCCCACCACUGCCGGCACCGGCGGGAGGAUGAACGCCAACAACUAGCUGCCGAGCUGCACCCGUGCACCCGCUGGGGCCUGGAGCCAGGGCCCACUCCAGGAGGGACCCACUGCCUUUCUGGGGAGCACAGCAGUGCGGGCCCGGGCCCUGCUCCACGUCCAGAAGUGGCUGGAUGUGCCCUGCCUGAGGCCCCGACUAUGAGGGGUGUGUAGGCUGGCGGCCCCCAGAGCUGG